GAUAAACUGACGUCAGUAGGUCUCUGCAUGUUAGGAUCACAGCAUAGCCUGUAACCUCACAUCACAAGCCAAAGACUUCAUUAGCUAUAGCAGUUGAAAGAGGUGUGCGUUGCUGGGAAGAAACCGAGGCUGGCUCUUGGAAGGGCAGAUCUCUCUCACAACCCGGAUACGAAACUGCAAGAUACCACUUCUCAAGUCACGUGCAUAGAGUGCGUCAACUGGUGACGUCUUUUCCAUUUAUAUCUUAUCUCCUUUGAUUAGCAUUUGGACGGGAGCACCCGCUGCGUGGGAAAUACCUGUAGGUAAAAGGCUGAUUUGGGUCUCCGGGUUUGGCUAUAGCAGGCGAAACAAUGUCUACUUCUGCAGACCCUUUUUUCGUCGGAACCAACGACAAUGUCAUCCGCCCUCGGCCGAGGCGGCUUGUCCAGUCGCAGCUCUCCGAUAUUAGCAACGCCUCCAACGUCAGCAAAGACCAUCUCACAACCCCCGAGAAUGGCAAUUCCGUGGGGAUGACGAGUGGCCGGUCGACGCCCAUCCCCGCCGAUGCACCGCCCUCGGUUAAAAGCCUCUCCUCGGCGCGCCGGCAGGUCCGGGCGGAGCAGCGCCGGCGCAUCUUCCCGACGAUCGAGUUCGCGAGCCGAGUGUCCCACUUCGACCCCAACAGCGACUACCGCGACUUCCACGGCUUCUUCAACCUCUUCUGGAUCGGCCUGGCCAUCAUGGCCAUCACAACCAUGCUGCGCAACAUCAGGGACACGGGCUACCCGCUGCGCGUGGAGAUCUGGACCCUCUUCACUAUCAAGCUGUGGCACCUCGCCGUCGGGGAUCUCAUCAUGGCCGCCAGCACCGCCGUCUCGCUGUCCCUGCAGCGCGCCAUCCGCGCCGCGCCUGCCGGGAGCCUCCUGACCUGGCGGAGGGGCGGCGCCGUCAUCAUGAGCGUCUACGAGAUCGUGUGGCUGGCCGUGUGGAUCUCGGUCCCCUUUGUGUUCGACUGGGCGUGGACGGCGCAGGUGACGCUCCUGCUGCACACCAUGGUGUUGCUGAUGAAGAUGCACUCGUACGCCUUCUACAACGGCCACCUGAGCGAGACCGAGAAGCGGCUCCGCGCCCUCGACGACCCCUCCACCGCGUCCCGCGCCCCGGCAUACCUCUACCCCACACCCGACAACCCGAUGGGCACCGUCGCGAACCCUAAGCGGGCCGAGGCGGAGGGCAAGGGUGCGGGCGCCGAUUCCAGCGGGCCGGAAGACGACGAGGUGGCGCAGCUCCGCGAGGACCUGGCCCGCGAGCUGACCAGCCCGAUGGGUAACACGACGUACCCGCGCAACCUGACGUGGGCCAACUACGUGGACUUCCUCUGCUUGCCGACGCUGUGCUACGAGAUCGAGUACCCCCGCACGGCGUCGAUCGACUGGACGAACCUGCUCUCCAAGAUCGUUGCCAUCUUCGGGUGCAUCUUCCUGCUGACGGUGACGUCGGAGGAGUUCAUCCUCCCGGUGCUGAUGGAGGCGCAGGCGCGGCUGGACCCGUCGGCGCGCGGGGCCGGCAACCCGCUGACGGCGUCGGAGACGCUCCUCACGCUGGCCGAGACCAUCUCGUGGCUGCUCUUCCCCUUCAUGCUGACCUUCCUCCUCGUCUUCCUCGUCAUCUUCGAGUACGUGCUCGGGGCCGCCGCCGAGGCCACCCGCUUCGCCGACCGGCACUUCUACAGCGACUGGUGGAACAGCACCGACUGGAUGGAGUUCAGCCGCGAGUGGAACGUGCCCGUCUACAGCUUCCUGCGCCGCCACGUCUACUCGGCCACGCGGCCGCGCAUCGGCAGGGCCAACGCAACUGCCAUCACCUUCCUCAUCUCCGCCGUCGGCCACGAGGUCGUCAUGGCGUGCAUCACCAAGAAGCUGAGGGGCUACGGCUUCGUCUGCCAGAUGCUGCAGCUGCCCAUCGUCGUGCUGCAGCGCACCAGGUGGGUCCGCGGCAGGAAGACGCUCAACAAUGUGUGCUUCUGGUGCAGCAUGAUACUCGGUUUGAGUCUGAUGUGCUCUCUAUAUGUCCUUGUCUGAAGACGAGAGAUAUGAGAAUCAGCACCCCGUAUAUGACAGAAGGCCUCACCUAGACCACUUGUCAGGAGAACCGUGACCCUGGCAACAGGGCACUCUCUACAUGCUAUAUGUGUAUACAUAUACCUAAAAAUCCCAGCGCUGUCGGCAUCGAUGAGUCGACCAGAUCAGGAUUCUGGAACCUUGCCUGCACUCUCAUUCAGGACAGCCACGGUUCAGCUACACUUGUAUAUGCCUGUCGUAUGCAGCAUCUAUCAGCGUUGGCUUCUGGUUUUUUUAGUUCGGCAGUGGGAAAGAAAGGCCUCCCCUGCCUAGGCACUUGCUGGGUCUUGUCUAUAUUCCCCACCUAGGCAUUGAGUGUUAUUUUACAGUACGAUUGCCUGUAUACACGCCCUAUACCCUACAUAUAGAUGGAUAAUUAGAAGAAAUAACCAAGCAUUCUCUACCC